AUGAACGACCCUAAGAAAGUUAACAAAUUUCUAGCUGAGGGAUUUAUCCAGAAGUUGGAUACCAACUUAAAGGUUGUAUUCAAUACUCAACUCAGUGAUGAGAAUCUAAAGUUCAAUAGGGAAUUAUGUGCCAUGAAGUAUAUGGCCCAUAUGGGAGUAAAUAUCUCCUUGAGCGAGGCUACGGAGUAUGUGGAGUCUGAGGAGUGGAAAAGUCUGUGGGCUGUAGUGUGGGCUUGUCCUCCCUCCCCCGGGAAGCUCGGUAUAUGGGACCGAAUGAUCUGGUCAACUCGUAACUUCAAGGUCAUAUCUAGGAAGGCAUAUGCCUUCUACCUCUCAAACGCUGUCAGACAGUUCAUGGAGGAGGAGAUGGGCAUCUGGAUGAACAUGAAGCAGGGAAUGCUUUUCAGCAAAACUCCCGAGUUUGACAUGAUGUGGGAUGCAGCCGAGAAGGCUAUGGUUCAUGCUCCCACCAGACCUACAGUUGUUCNCCCCCCCUAGGAGGACGCUGCAUCUCACUCCUGACCAGAUCAAGGCAUCUCACAUGACCUAACCUCAUUAUUCCCCCCGUUUUUAAAAAUCUUUCUUUUGUUUAAAAAUUGUUUUUAAUAAUAUCUUUUAUUGUUUAUCUUCAUUUAGUUUAACUUUCUUUGUCAAAUGUCAUGUAAUAACGAGUCAAUAUAUAUUAAGAUUAUCUUUUUGUUGUGAUACCUUGUUUUGCUUUGGUGAUAAUUUAAAAAGAAUCGACUUUUAAGAAUCAGCCUGUAUACUGCAUAUUAAAUAUAUAUAACAGAAAAAAUACAAAUUCUUAAAUACUUUUUAUUUAUAAGUAUAAAUAUUCCAUACAAUGUUACAGAAACAAUUGAGCCUGACACAUAUUAUCAGAAUUAUUCGUUUUAAAAUCACAAUAUCUAAUAUAUUUAACGUCUUGUAUUGUUACAAUGUUCAAACCACGGAUCACAAAGUUUUAUCAGGAAGAUUUUUCUCUGAUAUCGUACAAUAGUAAACAUCUUACAGUUCUGCACCAAAGGGGCAGUAAUUUUCUUUUUGUAAAAUUAGAACAAUAAAAAAAACCAGUAGAAUU